AUGUUUACUUUGAUCAUCAAGGCUGAGCAAAGUGGAGUGACAAACCUGCGACCAGAUGACACACAGGACAACCCGUUCUGGUACAUGUUCAAGGUCCAAUGCACCUCAUGCAGGGAAACCCACGACAACUUUGUUGGAGUUAACCGCUUUGAAGCCAACGAAAUGAGCGGUAGCCGAGGAGAGGCCAACUUUGUCUGGAGAUGCAAGAAUUGCAAGCGAGAAUCUUCUGCGUCCAUCAAAUCCGGGCCCGUAGCGUAUGGGCAAUCCGAACCGCCCAAGGCGCACAAGGUGAUUGAAUUCGAUUGCCGCGGACUCGAGUUUACCGAGUUUAGACCCGAGGGAGAAUGGCUUGCCGAGGGCAUCGACUCGGGCACAAAGUUCAGCGGCAUUGAGCUAACGGAUGGCGAGUGGUUUGACUAUGACGAGAAGGCGGGAGAGGAAGUCAGCAUCAAGGACAUCAGUUGGGAGAUUCGCAGAGCCUAG